AUGUACUACCUGAUAGCUGCAGACCAAGAGCAGAAAUUCGGUUCAAAGCUAUAUGAAGACACACGCGACAGUUUCCUCGUGUUGCAGAUCACAAUUUCCAAGAAAACGCGAGGUUCUCAGCCUUAUAAGGCUCGUGAGCUUCAAUCCAAAUCAUCCCCAUGCUCAGGAGUGGCGCCGCCUUCAACCUUGGUCGCAGAGCUAGCGACACGCUUCCGCCCCUCGCCGCUCAAUUCAGGACCCAGAUUUGUGAGCAAAACCUUCACCAACGAUCCGGGAUCUCGUAGCUGA